AUGUCGCUCUUCUACGAGCAGCAUUCCCGCCCACGCAUGCCAUCGCCCUCGCCCAGCUUCGCUCGCAUGACGUCAACCGCCAUCAACAUCCCCAGCUCGCGCGGCAGCCCGGCCUCGACGCCCUCGCUCUUCAAUGGCUCGCUCCAGUCCACGCCAGAGGGCAUGGUGCCUUUCGCUCCUUCCUCCCUCCCCGCAGUUCCUACCUAUACCCUGCCCGAGUCGCUCCUUCCGCCACCGGUACUGUCACCACCCACCUCGUCCCCGUCCGCAAUGGCAGAGGCACUGGGCAAAGGCCCGGGGCUGAUUCGAAGAGUGAGCCGCGGCGCACAGGGCAUUCCAAACCGCUUCCGCCGGGGUAACACGACUGCGCACAGGGAUCGCGACAAGAGCUCCGGACCAGUCAUUAUGCGCCGCCGCAGUGACAGCAGGACGGCUAUCGACGCAGACACCUGUGUCUCUGACCUCGAGGCCUACGAAGAGGAGGACGCCAUAGACGACUACUACGGCGAGCCUCCGCUCAACGGCCUUGGAAUCAACAUGUCUUCAAGUACCACGUCCAUGUCCGAAAAUAGAGCCCUGGCACCCAUCCUUCCCUCCCGGCUCGAACAAGGCACCCCAAUGAAGAAGAUCGCCAAGAAGGAGCAGAAGGCCAUCACUCUGCGUCUCGAUCUGGAAUCAGCCAGAGUGUACUGGGACACUUCACGGCAAAAGAGCUUCUACAUUGACGACGUCAAGGAGAUACGCUACGGUCCAGAUGCUAAGCAUUACCGUGAAGAGUGUGGCAUGUCCGAGAACUGGGCUCCAUACUGGUUCACCAUUGUGUACACUGACACCACACGCUCCAAGAACAAGAUCAAGACGAUGCACCUGGUCGCUCCCGACGCCGGCGUUUUCAACAUGUGGACAAAGACGCUCGACUCUGUCUCACGUAACCGCAGCGAGAUGAUGAUCGGCCUGCAAGGCUUCCAAGACAAGAGUGCAAAGCUGGUCUGGCAACGCGCGAUGAAGAAGCGUGGAAACGACGAAGAGUCAUUGGACUUUCCCAGCACAGUCGAAUUAUGCCGCAGCCUGCACAUCAACUGCACCGAGGCCACCCUCCGUGCUUACUUCUCAGAAGCUGCCCCCAAUGGCUCCGACAAACUGAACCAGACACAAUUCCUCUCCUUCGUUACUCGCUUGAGGGAACGCAAGGACAUCAAGAGAAUUUUCGACUCCCUGACUUUUGGAGCGGAAGAGAUGGACAAGGCCACCUUCUUCAGAUUCUUACAACAAGAACAGGGUAUUGAUGUUGAUGCGGACGUUGAGGGCUGGACGAGCAUCUUCGACAAGGUUGCGCGCAGAACAAAACCCAGGGCCACCCCAACAGAAGGUGGCGCGACCCCACUGCCGCUCACAAUGAACUUCCCCGCUUUCCAAACUUUCUUGACAUCAAGCAACAACUCUGUCCUGAAGCCGAAGCCAAGUACGGGGAAGCUCCAGCUGAACAGACCACUCAACGAGUACUUCAUCUCUAGUUCCCACAACACAUACCUCCUCGGUCGCCAAGUCGCAGGCGAAUCGAGCACAGAAGCUUACAUCAGCGCUCUACAGAAAGGGUGCCGGUGCAUUGAAAUCGACUGCUGGGACGGUGGCGAUGGUCUCCCCGUAGUCAUGCACGGCCGUACAUUGACCAAGGCCAUCUCGUUCCACGAUACUAUCAAAGUUGUCAACAAGUUCGCCUUUGCAGAGUCGCCCUACCCACUGAUUCUAUCGCUGGAACCGAAUGCUACCGUGAUGGAAGAGUCGAAGAAGCCCAAGAAGACGAAGACCAGCAACAUCACCAAAGAACUCGGUACAUUGGGUGUGUACACACGGGGAGUCAAGUUCACUGAUUUUGGCUGCACUGACGCGAACACCUUCAACCACGUCUUCUCUCUGAACGAGCGCAAGUUCGAGACUCUCACUAAGGCUGGGUCACGCGAAAAGUACCUGCUUGAGGAGCACAAUGUGCGUUGUCUCAUGCGCGUCUAUCCUCAUGCGUUCCGCAUCACUUCGACCAACUUCGACCCUCUCAAGUGCUGGCGUCGUGGUGUUCAAAUGGUGGCACUUAACUGGCAAACUUACGAUCUCGGCCAGCAGCUCAAUCAGGCCAUGUUUGCUGGUGGUGAUGAUCGCACGGGAUAUGUUCUGAAACCCACCACAUUGCGACGCGGCUCGCAAACAACAAUCCACGGCCCAAGGAAGGCUCCCAAGAAAGAAGUCAAGUUCACUGUCCAAAUUAUGUCUGCCCAGCAGCUACCUCGUCCUCGCGGUCUAGCCCAAGAAGCAAACAUCAACCCCUACGUUGAGUUCGAGAUGUACUGCGCAGAAGAUAUGGGUGCCAAUGCAAUUGGUGUUGGUGGACAAGACGCAUCUGCACCAAAUGGCCACUCAGGCAUCGGCAACCCGCUGCGCAAGCGUACAGAAAUAGUCCCGGGCAAUGGUUAUAACCCCGAGUUCCAAGGCACCAAAGACAUUGAGAUGAAGGUAACCACAAGAUUUCCAAGUCUUGUCUUUGUGCGAUGGACCGUCUGGCACUCACUCGACGCUAAGACUACAAACUACGCUCCUCUGGCAUCCUUCACAGCCAAGCUCAACAGUCUCCAGCAAGGCUACCGACACCUUCCUCUCUUCGACAGCAACGGCGAGCAAUACCUGUUCUCCACACUUUUCUGCAAGAUCAAGAAGCAGGAAAUUGUCGAUGCGCCUGAAGUUCCCAUCUCGCGCACUGGGUCACUCAACUCGCCGCUCGAGCCCUCGAGCCCGAGCCUGGAGCCCACGACUACGAAGCCUCGCAAUUUCGUUAGGCGUCUCAUCAGCCGUGGCCCAAGCGAGCGUCGAAAGCGCCUUGAGGAACGCACUGGUAGCGAGUCGCGCGAGUCGGAUCUAGACUACAUAAGUCGCUCCUCCACAUUUGAGCGAUAA